AUAUGACCUAUAUUUUGAUAUUAAACAAGUACUUAUUAAAGGUUACUCCAAAUUUCUGUAUAUAAAGUCUAAACUUAAAAAAUUUCGGGAAUUAGAAAAGAGCAAUUCUUGAAUUUUUUUUUCUUUAAUUUAUACUAUAGAUUAAUUUUUUUUGGUCCUAAUUAUAAGAUAUAAAUUAAUGCUAAUAUCAAUUGAAAUUUGUAUUUUAUAAGUAGGCUGAGUGGGAAUGGUGCAAUUUGUGGAGACCAAUAAAAUGUGGUAAAGGGAGCAUAGUAAGGCGUCGUCAAUGUUUGUCUCUUUUGAGGAAAAAUCUUUGUCCUACUUGAGGAACUCCGCCUGCUAGGAGAAGAAGGUAGAAUAAUGGCGAAAAUUGGAGAAAUCAGUUCAAGAUGGUCGCUUGCCGGAAAAACAGCUCUGGUCACCGGCGGAAGCAGGGGAAUCGGCCGUGCAAUAGUGGAGGAAUUAGCCCAACUCGGCGCCACCGUCCACACUUUUUCAAGAAACGAAGCUGACAUGAACUUAGCAUUGCGAGAAUGGAGUUCAAAGGGAUUCAAAGUCACCGGUUCAAUCUGUGAUGUUUCUUCAAGGGAACAGAGAAUUCAGCUCAUGGAAAAAGUCAGCUCUGUUUUCGAGGGAAAGCUGAACAUUCUGGUCAACAAUGCCGGAGUUCUAAUCCCGAAGCCAUUUGAAGAAUAUACUCCGGAAGAUUAUUCGACCCUUUUUUCCACAAAUCUUGAAUCUUGUUACCAUUUUUCUCAACUCGCUUAUCCUCUGCUCAAAUCUUCAGGGAAUGGGAGCAUUGUCUUCAUCUCCUCUGUUUCGGGUCUAAUUGGUCUUAAUGGUGGAUCUCUAUAUGGAGCAACAAAAGCAGCAAUCAAUCAACUCACAAAGAAUUUGGCUUGUGAAUGGGCAGAAGAUAACAUCCGGGUGAAUUCGGUUGCCCCAUGGUUUAUUAGAACUGCCAUGGUGGAAGACUAUAUUGAUAUCCCGGAAGCUGCAAAGAAGAUUGAAUCGAGAACUCCGAUGAAACGGGUUGGUCAACCGGAGGAGGUUUCAUCGUUGGUGGCUUUUCUUUGUCUUCCGGCAGCUUCUUAUAUCACCGGUCAAGUUAUUGCGGUUGAUGGAGGUCUGACAGUCAACGGGUUUUGA